AUGGAUCAGAUGACUAGGUGGGAUGAAAUUUUGACUCUUCCAGUUCAGAACCCACCAUCCUUGGAGUUCUCAGCAGCAGAUAUCUCGUGGUCAAUGGUGGAGGGCUGGAAGGAUUCUAUGGAUAGGCUUGCGCUGAUUCCAUAUUCUAGGGUGAAUGACUUUGUCAGAGGAGAGUCGAACAACAAAGAUUGCCCAACAAGAUUUCACGUUGAAGCACGGAGAAGGCGUCCUCCGACAAUGAACUGCAAGCCGAAAGUUGAUGGGAUACUUGAGUAUAUUCUGUAUUGGUGUUCUUUUGGUCCAGAUGAUUAUAGGAAGGGUGGUAAUGUACGGCCUAGCAGGCCCAUCUCAGAAAAGAGAAAAACACCUGCUGGCCGCCCUAAUACAAAGAGGGGCUGUGUGUGCCAUUUUAUUGUGAAGCGCUUGAUUGUUGAACCAUCUGUGGCUCUUGUGAUAUAUAACCAUAAUAAGCAUGUAGAUAAGAAAGGCAUGCCAUGCCAUGGUUCUAUGGACAAGAUGGCUGUAGGGACAAAGGCAAUGUUUGCACCAUACAUAUCUGAUGAGUUGCGUCUUCAAGUUAUGUCUUUGCUCUAUGUUGGUAUUCCAGUGGAGACCAUAAUGCAGAGGCAUACUGAAAUAGUUGAAAAGCAAGGAGGUCCAUCAAAUAGAGAUGAUCUUCUUACUCAUAGAUAUGUUAGGAGACUGGAAAGGAAAAUACGUCGUUCUGUUUAUGAGCUUGAUGAUGAUGACACUAUUAGUAUUGACUUAUGGGUUGAAAAUAACCAGGAUUACGUGUUCUUCUAUGAAGAUUUUUCAGAUACAGACACCUUUGUCUUGGGCAUCCAGACAGAUUGGCAGCUACAGCAAAUGAUUCAGUUUGGCAGCCAUAGUUUAAUGGCUUCUGAUUCAAAGUUUGGAACAAACAAGCUAAAGUAUCCUGUACACAGCAUCCUUGUUUUCGACCAGCACAAAAAUGCAAUUCCUGUUGCGUGGAUUAUAACCCCCAAUUUUGCACAUGGUGAAAUACAUAAAUGGAUGGGUGCUCUUUAUGAUCGAGCUCAUACCAAAGAUCCUACUUGGCAUUUGGGUGGCUUUAUUAUUGAUGAUCCCUUGGCAGACGUUCACACAAUAAGGGAAGUCUUCCAUUGCCCUGUGCUGAUCAGUUUAUGGCGUAUCCGGCAUGCUUGGCAUAAAAAUUUGGUUAACAAAUGUUCAGACAUUGAGAAGCGUUCAGCGAUGGCCAAACGUCUUGGAGAUGCAAUAUCUAGUAUAUGCAGAGGAAAUGGUGAUGUUGAAUUAUUUGAAGGUUUUCUGCAAGAUUUUAUUGAUUGCGCUGGGUUUCUAGACUACUUUGAAGCUAGAUGGCUUCCAAGACUUGGGGCAUGGAUUACUGUCUUAAAGGCCACCUCAUUGGCUACAGCACAGGUAGCUUCAGCAAUAGAGAGUUACCAUCACCUGCUAAAACUUCGGCUGCUAAAUGAGGCAGAUAAAAGCGUCUACUGGCGUGCUGAUUGGUUGGUUCAUAAGUUGGGUACAAAGGUCCAUUCUUACUACUGGCUGGAUGAAUUCUCAGGAAAGAACAGCUUUUCACGUUACUGGAGGAGUGAGUGGAGCAGUGGACCAAACCCAUGGUGCCAGGGAAUGCAGAUUUCAGAUUCCAAUGUUGUCAUUGAAGGCAAUUAUGCCAGUGUGGUCAGCCAGAAGAAUAAGGAGAAGUCCCAUGUCGUACUGAAUCCAGGCCAGCUUUCCAGGAUCCACAAUCAACGAGUAAGCCAAGAGAAUCUGAAAUUGAGGAAGCCAACUCUGAGAAUGGUGUGCGCAAGUCAAUCCCAGCCUGGUGCUGGUGACAAUGAGGAUCAGGACAUUCCAACUGGCAAGAAAAGAAAGUCAGGGAACGCUUCUGGUGACAGUGAAGAUGUUUCCAUAUAUCAGGACAGUCUGGCUAGCAAGAAACAUAAGUCAGGAGAAGCUUCUGGUGACGAUGAAGAGGCCUCCACAGAAGAGGACAGUCGGGCUCGUGAAAGUAGGAAGACAGGAGGAACUUCUGCUAACGAUAAAGAGGUUUCUGCAGGUCAGGACAGUAGAGAUCGCGAGAAGAGAAAGUUGGGAGAACCUUCUGGCAAUGAAGGAACUUCAGCAACUCAAGCCAUGCAACCUUCCGAGACUGAAACCAGCCAAGCAACCAAUGGACUAAACAAUGACAAGCUUAGAUUAGCUGAAGGGGCAAUUGGGACAUGA